GGGAACGAAUGCUACGGUUAUACACAAGGAAAGCAGGACUGAGGAACUUCACAAUGUAUCUCUACUUGAACGCAUUCUGCCUAGUUUUGGCACUCAGUGCAGGUGCUGUGAAUUCGGCAAGCCUCGACUUUGACAGCAUAUUCAACAGGCGUGGAAACCAAGAUGCUACCAUCAGUCCACCUGAGCCAGACGACGCUUCUGGCUUAGCUGCCUACUCUAAUGCUGGUAGCCUUUCCAAGCUCCUUAAUGCUCCACAACCAGUGGGGUCAUCUGGCUGUGAGGCUUUAGCCUUUGUCCUCGAUGCUAGCUCCAGUGUGGGCAGAAGCCACUUCCAAACGGCAAAGGAUAUGAGUAAGACAAUUGUGACAGGCAAGGACAGCAGCAUACCGAUCGGAGACGACUGUUUUUACUGUCUGCAGAUUGCCACAGUGGUCUACUCCCAUCUAGUCGACACGUCAAUGAGGUUUGGGGCGUACAGCAGCGCGCGAAGGGUAUUGAACGCCAUCGACAACAUCAACUACCAUAGUGGCAGAUCGACGAGAACGGGAGACGCGAUGCAGCAAGCUAAUCGCGAGUACGCACGCACGGACUGCAGUGAGAGAACGCUCGUCAUUGUCACGGACGGCAAGUCCAAUAGCGGAAAGGACCCUUGCCGCGUGGCCCGGCAAAUGAAGCGUGAUGGUUGUCGGAUAUACCGUGAUCGCGUGGGGACGUGAGGAUGAGCGAGAUGCGUUGCAUUGCCUCGAGCCCUUUAGAGAU